ACUGCUUUCGGAGUGCAUUCACUGAGCUGUUGCCUUUUGUACUGUGUUACUCAGUUUUGCUUUGGACACCGCAUUUUUGUUACGCGGAGGUUUGGAAGUAACGGAAGGACCACCAGCCGGUACCGAUGUGACGUCACCUUGCCCCGACGGUGGCGUCGUACAUCCAGCACUGGGGCGGUGGCCGGCCGGCCGGCCGGCCGGCGGGCUGGCCUUGGCUGCAGCCGACGACUUGCAUGGCGGGGACGGGGGCCCACUGAGUUAGGCGGACUACAGCGGGUGGAGACAGUCUCCAAUGGAUGGACGGAGGGCUGAGUACUGUUCGAACUGCGGGUCUGAUAUUCGCGUCGAGACUCCCUGAAGAGCGGAGACUGGCAGUGCGGCUAACGCAGGCGGCGUAGCGCAGCGUUCACCGGGCAGAACUGAUCGAGAUGUCGGAGAGUCACGGAGUGCCCGAGAUCCCGUCCGGCCUCCUGUCGGGACUGGUCGAGGUGUCCUUUGAAGACAGGAUGCUGGGCCGCUCGCCCGACGACGGCUCGGAGACGAGCGCGUUCGUCCGCAUCUGGCGCUCGGUGCUGGAGGAGGACAAGUCCGCCGGUCUGGUGCCGUUCCCUGGGCCGUUCACCGUGCUAGCCGCGUCAGAGGACGGUAUGCGACUGGUCGUUCCCUGUGACCUGCCCAACCCGUUUCGCGGCGACCCGGAGUUCCAGCGGGCCUUCGUACGGCGUCACGUGCUGACAGAGACGGUGGAACUGACCGAUGGACGGUUCUCAUCGGGCGGACAGGCGCGCCGGCUGGACGGUGGAUAUAUCAACCUCUCCAUGGACGAGGGGAGGCCAGCGUUCGUCCUGGAUGACAGGCCACCGCAGGUCGCCAGUCCAGUGCCGGAACAGGACCCCAAGGCCACGGUGUACACCAUCGAUAUACCGCUGAUGACGUUUGACGAGAUCAUGGAGGGGAUACGCCGCCUGAAACCGCGCCCCUGGUUCUGCGGGCGACGGCCAGGAUUGGACGAGGGCGACGAGCCGUCGGCGCCGGACCCAGAGGAGAAUCAGUAACGAGCCCAGAGAGGAUCAGUAACGAACCCAGGACAAGAUCAGUGAUGGACCCGAGAAUCAGUGAUAGAUCUGGGACAGAUCAGUGAUAGAUCUGACCCUGGGACAGGAUCAGAGAAUAUGGACUCGGAAAAGCAUCAUUGAUGGUCCCAGGAGAGGUUCAAUGAUAAGCACAGAGUCGCUCCAGCGGGCAGCACCUGAGCAAGGGCAGGGCUGCUAUCUUUCGAUGAAGGCUGCACGCGCUAACUGCUUGGGAAAACUCCCACAAUUCCAGCUCUUAAUUAAUCAAUAACAAAGAAGGAUUAGAAAGUCGAUCAGUUGUAGACUGAACAUACCCGACUAGCGCUGCAUGCCUCAUACGCCGACCGAAUAUUAAUACAUGUCUCCGCGACCUCA